AGUUUCCACUGGGCUCCAGAACUCCAUCACGAUGCUGCCGUCCUUCAUCUGGUUCUGCCUCCUGGCUGCUGCCGUCGCUGUUCCUGCUCAGGAGAAGAGAAUCCAUCACCAGGCCGACCUGAGCGACCGUGCCCACGACGACGCUCACGGCUUCCAGUACGACCACGAGGCCUUCCUGGGAAAAGAGGAGGCCAAGACCUUCGACCAGCUGAGCCCUGAGGAGAGCAAAGCCAGACUAGCGAAGAUCGUGGAUCGGAUUGACACUGAUAAAGACGGAUACAUCAGCCAUGCAGAGCUGCACUACUGGAUCCGACACCGGCAGAGGAGGUACAUCGAAGAGAAUGUCAACAAGCACUGGCACGACUACGACAAGAACCAAGAUGACCGAAUUGGCUGGGAGGAGUACAAGAAUACCACCUAUGGAUACUACCUGGGUGAGGAGUUUGAUGACGUGGAGGACAAGGCCACCUAUAAGUCCAUGCUGACUCGGGACGAGAGACGCUUCAAGGCGGCCGACCGAGACGGAGACGGCGUCGCCACCCGGGAGGAGUUCACCGCCUUCCUCCACCCCGAGGAGUUCGACCACAUGAGAGACGUGGUGGUCCAGGAAACUAUGGAAGACAUCGACAAGGACGGAGACGGAAAGAUCAACCUGAACGAGUACAUCGGUGACAUGUUCUCACCUGAGGAUGGAGAAAGUGAACCUGACUGGGUCCAGACGGAGAGGAAACAUUUCUCAGAGUUCAGAGACACCAACAAGGACGGGUACCUGGAUGGUUCUGAAGUGGCCCACUGGAUCCUCCCAGGAGAAGUGGAUCACGCUGACAACGAAGCCAAACACCUGAUCCAUGAGACGGACACCGAUAAGGAUGAGAAAAUAACCAAGAAGGAGGUUCUGGCCAACUGGAACAUGUUUGUCGGCAGCCAAGCCACUAAUUAUGGUGAAGAUUUAACGAGGAGACACGAUGAGCUUUGAUGUUCCAGAAGAAGCUCAGAUGGUUCAUAUUUGUGUUGUUUUACUGGCUUCUGGUGGUUCUGGGUUUGGGUUCUGACCCGGUAAUCCAUACUGUGUAUGUGAGGACGGGUUCCUGAUGAACGGAUCUGAAACGUUCUAACAACCAGCUGGACCAGGACGUUCUCCUAGGAGAAGCUGUGAUCAUGUUAGUGAGAAGGAAAGCUGUCGCUGAUCAGAGCUCUGUUUAACAUUAAAGCUGUUUUUUCUACUAAUGGA